AAAGUGGGGGAAAGUGCCGGCGCCUCCGCCAACCGGGAAAGCCGCUCGCCAGCGCCGAAGCCAGCAGCCGCCGGGGACACCUGCUCGAGGCUGGAGCGAGCGCGCCGGGGCGCCCACCCCGUGGCAUGAGACCGUGACCGCCGCCGCCGCCUGCCACGCCACUCCGGGCAGCGCAGCGCAGCGCAGCGCCAGGCCGGAGAGCGUCGGAGGACUCGAGCCCGGGAAGUCUUGGUCGAUCGGUACCCGACUCUCCCCUGCCGAGGCCCAGGGUCCGGGAAGGCUGAGAGCCACAGCGGCGGGGACCGGGAGGCCCUGAGGGCCCAGGGGCCCCCCGAGGAGGACCAGGCGGCCGGAGCCGCCGGGGCGCGCGGCUAUGAUGGUGCACUGUGCCGGCUGUGAGCGGCCCAUCCUCGACCGCUUCCUGCUCAACGUGCUGGACCGCGCGUGGCAUAUCAAAUGUGUUCAGUGCUGCGAGUGCAAAACGAACCUCUCGGAGAAGUGCUUCUCCCGGGAGGGCAAGCUGUACUGUAAAAACGACUUCUUCAGGCGCUUUGGCACCAAGUGCGCCGGCUGCGCGCAAGGCAUCUCUCCCAGCGACCUGGUGCGCAAGGCCCGGAGCAAAGUCUUCCACCUCAACUGCUUCACUUGCAUGGUGUGCAACAAGCAGCUGUCCACGGGGGAGGAGCUGUACGUCAUCGACGAGAACAAGUUCGUGUGCAAGGACGACUACCUGAGCUCCUCCAGCCUCAAGGAGGGAAGCCUCAACUCAGUGUCGUCUUGUACGGACCGCAGUCUGUCCCCAGACCUCCAGGACCCGUUACAGGACGACCCCAAAGAGACCGACAACUCGACCUCAUCGGACAAGGAGACCGCCAACAACGAGAACGAGGAGCAGAACUCCGGCACCAAGCGGCGCGGCCCGCGCACCACCAUCAAGGCCAAGCAGCUGGAGACGCUCAAGGCGGCCUUCGCGGCCACGCCCAAGCCCACGCGCCACAUCCGCGAGCAGCUGGCUCAGGAGACCGGCCUCAACAUGAGAGUCAUUCAGGUGUGGUUUCAGAACCGACGGUCCAAAGAACGCCGCAUGAAACAGCUCAGCGCCCUGGGCGCCCGGAGACACGCCUUCUUCCGGAGUCCACGGCGCAUGCGUCCCCUGGGCGGCCGCCUGGACGAGUCUGAGAUGUUGGGGUCCACCCCGUACACUUACUACGGAGACUACCAAAGCGACUACUACGCCCCGGGAGGCAACUACGACUUCUUCGCGCACGGCCCGCCGUCUCAGGCGCAGUCCCCCGCCGACUCGAGCUUCCUGGCCGCGUCGGGACCCGGCUCGACGCCGCUGGGCGCCCUGGAACCGCCGCUGGCCGGGCCCCACGGCGCGGACAACCCCAGGUUCACCGACAUGAUCUCGCACCCCGACACGCCGAGCCCCGAGCCCGGCCUGCCCGGCGCGCUGCACCCCAUGCCGGGAGAGGUGUUCAGCGGCGGGCCCAGCCCGCCCUUCCCCAUGAGCGGCGCCAGCGGCUACAGCGGACCCCUGUCGCACCCCAACCCCGAGCUCAACGAGGCGGCCGUGUGGUAAGGCCGGGGGCGUCCAGUCGCCCCCCCCCUCCCCCGCCACCGAGCCCCGGACGCCGCCGCCCGGCCACCCGGAGACUCGCAUCUCCACCCCUCGGAGCUUCGGCGCGCGCACGCGCGCUCGCUCGCUCGCUCGCGCCAUCCCUCGGGACCAAAGUCAAUACGCCGGAGGGUCGAGAUUCCAAGCGCACCCUAGAAGCCCUCCGGACCCCCACCCACCAUCACCACCUCCCACUAAGAGGGGACCGAGGAGCAGAGACCGCGGCGCCGCCCCUCCCCGCGAGCCGAGGCAUUGUGAAAUCUUACUUCUCACUCUUCCUCUUUUAAAAGAAAAAAAUAAAAAAGAGAGAGAGAUUGAAAGGGAGAGAGAGAGAGAUGAGGAAAGUCUUAGCCAGAGAAGAAAAACAGGACCGCUGGUGAGUGCUAGCUUUGCCGGAGAAAAAGCCACCUCCGAGCUGGCGCCCCCUGGCGGCCAAUCUUAAGGCUCAAGGUCAGCUUGUCUAGGAAGCUGCGCGGUCAGGACCAGGCCAGCGUGGGUCCAACUCCCCGCUCCUCCAUAGUUGAGCCUGAGGGGCCUGGCAGGAUUCGAACUCUCCCACCCCUGCUUUGCCCCUAAGCCGGGCGCCAAGUCUCUGGACGUUUGCCCACUGCUCACUCUCCCUGCCCGGGGCCUGGAGGCUGGGCCAUCAGGACGAACAGUAUUAGACUUUUUUGGAAGUCGGACGCUUCUAGUUUCCUUAUUUUGUAUAAAGAAGAAACAAAUAAAGUAUGUUUUUGUGUU